GUUAAGAAUAAGACUUGAGUUUUGAAGUGUUUGAGUGACUUGCUACUGACCAAGUCAUGACGCUCCCAUUUCGAAAGGACUUGGACAAGUACAAAGACCUCGAUGAGGAUGAAAUACUUGGCAAACUUUCGGAAGAAGAACUGAAACAACUGGAAACUGUUUUAGAUGAUCUUGACCCUGAGAACGCGCUUCUGCCUGCAGGCUUCCGGCAGAAAGACCAGACUGCUAAAAAGGCUUCAGGUCCCUUCGACAGGGAACGUCUCCUUGCCUAUUUAGAGAAGCAGGCUCUUGAGCACAAAGACAGGGAAGACUAUGUGCCUUUUACAAGAGAAAAGAAAGGGAAAGUAUUUAUCCCCAAACAAAAGCCUGUACAGUCCUACACAGAAGAAAAAUUCUCUCUUGAUCCAGAGCUGGAGGAAGCAUUGACCAGUGCCACAGACACAGAAUUAGAUGACCUUGCAGCUAUACUGGGAAUGUCCAACUUGAUAACAAACAAUCAAUUCUGUGAUGUAGUAGGAAGCAGAAAUGGGAUUGACAAAGACAGCUUCUCAAAUAUAGUAAAAGGUGAAAAAAUGUUGCCUGUUUUUGAUGAACCACCAAAUCCCACAAAUGUGGAGGAGACAUUGCAGAGAAUUAAAGAUGAUGAUUCUCGACUUGUUGAAGUUAAUCUAAAUAACAUUAAGAACAUACCAAUUCCAACGCUGAAAGAAUUUGCAAAAGCCUUAGAAACCAACACGCAUGUGAAGAAUUUUAGCCUUGCAGCCACCCGAAGCAAUGACCCUGUUGCUGUUGCUCUUGCAGAUAUGCUGAGAGUAAACACAAAAUUAAAAAGUUUAAACAUAGAAUCGAACUUCAUCACUGGCGUUGGAAUUUUGGCACUGGUUGAUGCACUGAAAGACAAUGAAACGUUGACAGAGAUCAAAAUUGAUAAUCAGAGGCAGCAGCUGGGCACAGUUGCAGAAGUAGAAAUUGCCAAAAUGCUUGAAGAAAACACCAAGAUCCUCAAAUUUGGAUACCAUUUCACACAACAGGGACCUCGAGCCAGAGCAGCUGCAGCUAUCACGAAAAAUAAUGAUUUGGUUCGCAAGAGAAGGGUUGAAGGUGACAACUAGAAGAUCUUGUUAUCAAAACUAUGUGGAGAUUUCAAGGGUCGUCAAGGCACGCUUUGGCAGUCUUGGACUACAUUUACCUGGGUUAGAAGGGAAAAGACUGGAAACCCCAUUCCUUAAAAAGCAAAGCUGUAUUAAUAACCUGCUGGUAUGCAUCAUGUUUUUCA